AGCAUCGCAAUGCCUCCAGCCCCCCAAUACGAGAACAAAUAACUUCGAUCACGCAAAAAUGGUCUCCAAACCGAACCUCCUCAUCUUUAUGCCCGACCAGCUCCGCUAUGACAGCCUCAGCUGCACGAAUCCAACCCACCCUGCAAAGACCCCCAACAUCGACGCCUUCGCCGCGCGGGGCACUCUAUUUACGAACUGCUUCGUCCAGGCCUCAGUCUGCUCCCAGUCCCGAUGCAGCAUGUUCACUGGCACCUACCCACACGUCAGCGGUCACCGCAGUCUCGACAACCUCAUCAAGCCCUGGGAACCGAACCUCUUCCGCACUUUAAAGGAGGACGGAUACCAUGUGGCAUGUCUAGCACCCCGCGGAGACACAUUUGCGCCAACCGUGACAGAGCUCAGCAUGGACGAAUACGGCUUCAUCGAGACACCGGACUACGUACCAAAGUUCGGGGGCGGAGGCCACGCCAAAGACGACAGCAUCUGGGGACGGUUAUUCUACAAGGGACUCCGGAAUGCAGACGAAGCGAGGGACUACGACGACGCGGUGGUGCGAUCUGCGCUGCGCUGGUUGGAUUGUCCACCCGAGCAGCCGUGGGUCUUGUUCAUGCCGUUGAUCUUCCCGCAUUGUCCGUUUCAGGUCGAGGAGCCUUAUUUCUCUAUGCACUCUCGUGACCGAAUGACUGGGGCUGGUGCUAACCCGGCAAAGAAGACGGGGUAUGAGCCACGGUAUAUGGCGGCAAUCAGGGAGGAGUACGGGACGCAUCGGGCCACGGAUGAGAUCUGGCGCGAAAUACAAGCGACAUACUAUGGGAUGAUCUCGAGACUGGACGAGCAGUUCGGACAGAUAAUAGCGAAGGUUGACGCGCAAGGGCUGUGGGAUAGUACGGUGUCCAUGUUCUUUACCGACCAUGGCGAGUAUCUUGGGGAUCAUGGGUUGAUUGAGAAAUGGCCGUCGGGCUUGUCGGAUAGCUUGGUGCAUGAGCCGUUGAUCAUCGCCGGGGGCGGACUUCCUUCUCAGCAGCGAUACGAUGGGAUGGCUGAAAUGGUGGACCUUGUGCCUACGGUGUUGGAGCUGUGCGGGAUAGCCGAACAGUUUCCGCAUAAUGGGCAGUCGAUGAUGCCCGUUCUACAAGAUCCGAGCCAGAAGCACAAGGACUAUGCCUUUUCUGAGGGCGGUUUUCUUCUUUCCGAAGAGCCGUUGUUGGAACAGGCACCGUAUCCGUAUGAUCUCAAGUCGACGCUUCAGCAUCGUGAUACGGCGCUGGUGGGCAAGGCCAUUAGUUUGCGGAGUCCGGAAUGGACGUUCAUCUAUCGACUGUAUGAGCCGGCAGAGCUCUACGAUAGACGUAAUGAUCCGGAGGAAAUGCGCAAUUUGGCGAUGGAACCGAACAAAGUGCCCAUUGCGCGCAUGUUGGAGGCAGAGGUGAUGCGGUGGCUAGUUGGGUCGUCGGAUUUUCUGCCCUGGAAGAAAGACCUCAGGUUUCCAGAGGUUCAUUUGAAGUCGCCAGUGGAGCAGCUGGAGGAUCGGUUGCAACAGCGCGAGGCACAGUAAUAGAGAAACAUUGAAUACCCCAAAUUUCAUGUAACCUCUCAUGGAUCUCCGAGUCGGGUUUACCGGUCCAUGGAUGCCCCAGGCCCGGGUUCAUUGGGCCCCACUCACUGCUGAUGUUGGACUUGGGGGACCCUGCAGCUGAGGACCAUCUCACCCCCGCUAAUGCAUGAUGACGAGCUAGCCUGCUCAUGGGGUUUUUUCCAUGCUCUGUAGUCCGGUGACCAUGUUAUUAAACAUGCUCCUCAUAC